AUGCGUGCAGUCGCCACCGCGCCCCAUGCUCCCGCCGUCUUGCCCGGGCCCCGUCGCCUAGCCAGUCCAAUGUGGCGCCAUCAGCGGCCCUGUAGAAACAUCACCAUUGGGUGCGGCGGGCAGUGCCGACAGCCGGGUUGUCCGCGCUGGGGAGGACAGUGGCGAUCGGCGGUGCCCAGGGCGCCCUUUCCCCUUGGCAGAUUGCCGUCGCGGCGAUCGACGCUGGUCCUGUCGCGAAACAGCAGCGAACACCCCGAUGGUCAAUGGGCUCCGGACGGCGGGCAGGCGCCAGAGAGCGAUGGGAAGGAUCAGGGAGGGACGGGCGCGGGGUUGGCGCAGCUGGAUACUGCCCCUGGCGCCGUUGUAGAGGAACAGGGCAGCAGCCUGGGAUUCUAUCUGGCCCUGUUCAGCGUAGUGCUGAGCGUGGGGGGCAUCUUCACGGCGGUUGUACUGUUUCUGACCGCCGACAUUGGGUUCAAGAAGGCGGUGUACAAAGUGUGCAAGAGGCUGCUGAAGUCGGUGCCCUUUCGGCAGACUCUGGCCAUCGUCACAGCGAUGAUAUUUGUUAGGUUCGGCCUGACGCCGCUGGUGCGGGCGGUGAGGGGCUUCUUCGACUCUCGAGGGCCCUGGGAGACCUCGAAUGAGUUUUACUUUCUUCGGGAGGUGUAUAAGCCGUUGGAGCUGCUGCUGGCGGUGGCGGCCUGCUCCACCUUGGCAGAGAACAUCCUGCCGCCUCUCCUAUCCGUCAACAAAAACACAAUAGCGGUGGUGGUGCGCACAAUCCUGUCAAUGGUGUUUGUGCUGUCGGCUGCGCGGGUCACAUUCAGCGUGAAGGGGCGCAUCUUUCAAGAAGCCAAAUGGAAGCUCGAGCUGAAGGGUGAUCCUGUGAGCCAAAGGCGCGUGGAUGCAGUGGAUAAGCUGCUGUCAGUGCUAACAGUAAUUGUUACAAGUGUGUUGGCCCUGAAUGCCAUUGGACUUGACAUCAACUCUGUACUUGCCAUUGGAGGAGUUGGUGGUUUGGCGAUCGGUUUGGCAGGUCGUGAGAUCGCUGAAAAUAUUUUCAAUGGAUUGGUCAUCCUGUCGUCCUCCCCUUUUGAAGUGGGUGAUGAGGUGGUGUUUCAGCCAAGCAGUGGUCAGCGCAUAGAGGGGAUAGUGCUUGACAUUGGCUGGUACCACACGCUGAUCCGCAGCUUUGAAAGAGAGAUUUUUGUUAUACCGAAUUCGGUUUUCUCAAAGACAGUGGUUCUGAACGUCACCCGAAAGCGACGGGAGUGGCGUUUUUUUGAGCAUGUUACUAUUCGUGUGCAAGACAUAGACAAGGUUGAGGGAAUUGUGUCUGACAUGAGACGAAUCAUCAGGCAGGAUCCAAGAAUUAUCCAGAAACUCCACCGGAGGGUGUUCUUGAACAAGUUGUCACGUGAAGAAAUUGGGAUAUACAUAUCAUUUUAUUUAGAGGCUGCAAACCGCGACGCAUUCAUGGGAAUAAGGCAAAACUUGUGGCUGGGAUUUCUGGACUGUGUCAAAGCUAGUGGCGCACGGCUUGCAGAGCCCAAGGCAGUACUUGAGUUGCAGCCCUCCAUGGAUAGAGUGCUGUCAGUGGAUCAAGGAACUGAGGGAUUGAUUGUAGAUGGUGCUUUGACAGAGGAUUCAGAAGAAGGUGCAGAACCAUCUGUUGGCUCUCAAACGGCGAUGACUGGAAAUGUUCUUGACAUGCCGCGGCAGGGUGAAACAAGCUUCCCACUAGGAUUCCAAUAG